GGGGAAUUGAUUUUUGUUUGUUUGUUUGUUUCUUCUGUUCGUUCUUAUCCUUUUUUAUCGCCCUAUUUCUGCGGGAGAAAAAAGGGGAGCCUUUUCUUUUCUGCGGGCUGAACGGCGCCAGAUAUUCAUCGGGGGUGGAAUCGGUUGCGAUCUUUUGUUCCCCUUGUGCUCGAGGGGAAUUUAGCCGGAGCUGGGGUUCCUUUCAUUUGCCACGGUGUUGCAAUCAUCGAAAUGUUUUCUUGACUGUGCUUGCAUUCAGCUUGUCUCAAGAUUUUUUGUUUUGGGGAUUUAUAUCAGGAAGAGACUAAUCGGCGCAAAAAAAAAAAGUGAAUACCAACUGUUUGAUUUGAAUCGUGUGAUGUACUUCACCCAAAUCACCCCAACUUGGUAGCAUUUCUCCCAGUCUCCGCACGCAUGGCGCCCGCUGCUGCCCCUGCCAGCGUCUCUGCAGGCAGCGCCGAGGCUGAUGGAGCCCCUCGCAUGGCCAAGUUCCUCUGCAGCUUUGGAGGAAGCAUCCUGCCCCGCCCACUUGAUGGGCGUCUGCGUUACGUCGGCGGCGAGACCAGGAUUGUUAUGCUGCCGCGUGAUGUAUCCUACACUGACCUAGCAGCGCGGAUGCGUGAGCUCUAUGAGGAUGCUGAUAUCAUCAAGUACCAGCAACCUGAUGAGGAUCUAGAUGCCCUGGUCUCGGUUGUUAACGAUGACGAUGUGGUGAACAUGAUGGAGGAGUACGACAAGCUCAUUGCUGCAGGAGAGGGGUUUACUCGGUUGAGGAUUUUCUUGUUCUCACAGCACUUAGACGAUGAGGCCGCAGCAGCGGCUGUCCAUUACAAUGGAGAUGAGAGAGAGACAGAGAGGAGGUAUGUUGAUGCACUUAAUAGCCUCGGCGAUGUUAGAACACCUUCCUCUCCUGUAUCCGUGGAGCAGCUCUUUGGUAUUGGAGGCAACGAGUCUGGAAUUCCUGAUAUUGCUGGUCUGCGGCAUUUGAAUGUUCCUCGCCCUUCACAUAGCCAAAGGUAUGGGGAGAUGGAUUCUCCUUGGAGCCCUGCAUAUAUCUCUCCAGGGCACUAUGGAGUGCAUGAUCCUCGAGAUUUUCCCAUUUCACCAAGGUUUCAAGUUGGAGCAGAAGAUUUUGAUGAGAGGAUUCCUGAUGACUUUGUAAGGCAUUCGCCAAAAUAUCGGCAUUAUGAGGUUCAUUCACCACAGCAUGUGGAUAAUUUGGUCUGGCUUCCUCCAGGCGCUGUAAUUCAGCAAAACGCAGGCUUCCCAGGUAACUUGGGUCGCCCUGGCAAUUUCUUGGAUGGAAGCAGUAUGUAUGAUCACUGCCGUUCACCAUUCCAUAAGGGUCAAGGUGAUCCUCGAUAUGUGGAUCCUCGUUGGAGGCCUAUUCAACAUUUUGACCAAACGAGCAUGACAAAUGAGUAUUCUGGUCACCCUACUAAUUCAUGUCCAGAUUGCAACCGCCCUGGUGAGCGUUUUGUAUUAAACCAAGAUGUUAGACUGGAAAAUGGUGUUUAUGUCAAAGAGCAGACUGGUGGUCACCCUCCUCCCAUGUUUUAUAACGAAUCGCAUUCUCAUGAUAGAGCUUGGCAUGCACAUGCAAACCAAAGCCAUCAGCGAUAUGAAGAUCCAAGGUUGCAUAUGCCUGGUAGUGCUAGAGCGAUGGAACCAUACAUUGUUGACAACAGCUCAGUUACAUCUCUCAGUCGAUCUAGCCAUGAAAGUCCGCACUAUUUUCAUGGCAGUAGUGAGCAUGUCAGUGAUACAUAUCAUAACCAACAAGUUGGAGUCGGUGGGCCAUAUGUCCAGACACCAGGAUUUGAAGAAUCUACAGGUCAGCAUUAUAGCCACUCUUCAACAUAUGGUGCAGACCCCUUUUACCAAAUGCAGCAGAAUCUGCCACCACUUCAAUCUUUGAGGAGAAGAGCAAAUAGUCCUGUCCAUACAGGUUCACCCUAUGAAUCACCACACCUGCCAAUUCCAAAUGGCAACUUUGUCAGAAAUACAGGUGAUGUUAGUCCACGGAUUCCAGGUAUGCCUGCAUAUGAUAGAAUCCCAAACCCAUGGCCCUCACCCAAUGGAAGCAUACCAUAUCGAGUUGUUGGACAUGAUAUCCCUGCUGUUGUAGAAAACCGGUCAAAUCCAAACAGUGGCCAGUAUGUUCAGCCUUUAUUUGCCCCUGAAUCAGUCCAAAAUCAACCAGGAGCUCCACUGAUGGAGAUUCAUCCUGAAAGAGCAUGCGGUGGAUCUGUUCUAUCAUCACAAGUUGAUGGCAGAGUAGCUGCAUUACCCCUCACUGAUCAGUUGUCCAGGAUGGAUAUCAAUCCAUUGAAGAAACUUGAAGGUCCAGAGCAUGAGAAGUUUACCCGAAAUGCGAAUGAAACAACUUCUUUGCAUGCUAUGAAUGAUCCAAGUGCCUUGACCCACCAUAUCGGAGUUGUACCUGAAGUUGAUCCCAAACAGAGGAAGCCUGUCGAAUAUGAAACUGUCACAAGUAAAGUGCAUGAAGGAGGGGCUACAGCACUGCAGGAAUGUGGGGAUAUUUCAGAGGAUAGAUUGAAUUUCCUUCCAGAGCUGGCUGCAUCUGUUAAGAAGGCUGCAUUAGAAGAUUCUGAAGAGAAAGAAAAGGCUCAACAAGAUGCUGGUCCCACUCUUUUGCCGACUUGUGAUGAGGAAGGCAAUGGAAAGAAGUUGGAGGAGACACCUGCUGGUAAUACUGGUACAGAUCAGGAUUCUGAUGUGCAUGGAAGUGGUGAGCAGCAGAAAAGUUCUGGAAUUGAGGCUACAACCGCUGAAGCAGAAGCUUUAUCAAAAGGACUACAGACUAUAAAAAAUGAUGACUUGGAGGAAAUUAGGGAGCUAGGUUCAGGUACUUAUGGUGCAGUUUACCAUGGUAAAUGGAGAGGAUGUGAUGUUGCUAUUAAAAGGAUAAAGGCUAGCUGUUUUGCUGGCAGACCAUCUGAGAGAGAGCGUUUGAUUGCUGAUUUCUGGAAAGAAGCUCAGAUUCUAAGUUCACUUCAUCAUCCAAAUGUGGUUUCAUUUUAUGGUGUAGUUCGUGACGGUCCUGAUGGAAGCUUAGCAACUGUUACUGAGUUUAUGAUCAAUGGAUCUCUCAAACAGUUUUUGAGAAAAAAAGACAGGACAAUUGAUCGCCGUAAAAGAGUUAUAUUAGCCAUGGAUGCUGCAUUUGGCAUGGAAUAUUUGCAUGGGAAGAAUAUAGUUCAUUUUGAUCUAAAGUGUGAGAACCUACUGGUCAACAUGAGGGAUCCACAACGACCAAUCUGCAAAAUUGGUGAUCUUGGACUAUCAAAGGUGAAGCAGCACACUUUGGUGUCUGGCGGUGUUAGAGGAACCUUACCAUGGAUGGCACCAGAGCUUCUGAGUGGGAAAAGCAAUAUGGUGUCAGAGAAGAUUGAUGUAUACUCGUUUGGUAUUGUGAUGUGGGAGCUGCUUACUGGCGAAGAACCAUAUUCUGAUAUGCGUGCUGCUGCUAUUAUUGGGGGCAUCGUGAACAAUUCCCUACGUCCUCAGAUCCCCUCAUGGUGUGAUCCUGAAUGGAAAUCACUGAUGGAAAACUGUUGGGCCAGUGAACCAGCAGAUAGACCAUCCUUCACAGAAAUAUCUCAAAGGUUGAGGAAGAUGGCUGCAGCAAUGAAUGUGAAGUAAAGGUUCACAAGCCAUGCAAAGUUUCCUACGUCCAGUUCCCUUGAUACAGGAGGAAGGCAAACUCAGAACAAGAUUCUAUGGAGUAACUAUGAUAUGGAUGUCUUUGCAGCAUUCCAGUUUAUCCUAGUUCAAUUGUUAAUCUAAUGAGUUACACGGAGGAAAAAAAUUUCAUCACGGAAGUUCCAGAGCAAGUUUAAUGGAUUUUCGAUCCUGGAAUCAUCAGCUGUCGUUUGCCUUCCUCGGGGAACAGUAUGCUAUAUACCUUAUCCUCUGGACGGGAACUAUAGAAAUAGAAAUGUAAUGUAAAUAAGCUUCGGCUUGCUUCUUCCGGCUGGCACAUGUUAGAUGUGCACAGUAGUAGACACUGUUCAAAGUUGGACACAGUUAUCUUUUUGCACAAAAUUGUGUCCUAAGGAAAGAGGGGACAACUCGAACAGAGAUAUCCUUAUUCAGAUUGUAAAUAGCUCACGAAUAAGAUUUCUAUGUCACUUGCAACAUGGUUCUUCCCUGUAUAGAUCAUCAGUGGCACUAUUCCUCCUGGGUC